AGGCCGUGUGAUUGGUCCGCAGAGUCCACGGCAGCUUUUUCUCUGUCGCUCAAGGCUUUCGGCCACUUCUCUUUCUCUAGGCGAGCGUCCUUUGUUGGUGACUGGAGCUGCUUAGUCUAGAAGGAGCAGACUGAGCGAGGCGAGGCACCAUGACAACCCUGGAUGAUAAGUUACUGGGGGAGAAAUUACAGUACUACUACAGCACCAGCGAGGAUGAAGACAGUGACCAUGAAGACAAAGACAGAGGCAGGGGAGCACCAGCCAGUAGUUCCAUGCCUGCGGAGGCUGAGCUGGCAGGCGAAGGCAUCUCAAUCAAUACAGGUCCAAAAGGUGUGAUCAAUGACUGGCGCCGCUUCAAGCAGUUGGAGACAGAGCAGAGGGAGGAGCAGUGCCGGGAGAUGGAGCGGCUGAUCAAAAAGCUGUCUAUGAGCUGCAGGUCCCAUCUGGAUGAAGAGGAGGAGCAACAGAAACAGAAGGACCUCCAGGAGAAAAUCAGUGGGAAGAUGACUCUAAAGGAGUUUGGUACAAAGGACAAGAACUUGGAUGAUGAAGAGUUUUUGCAGCAGUAUCGGAAGCAGAGGAUGGAAGAGAUGCGGCAGCAGUUUCAUAAAGGGCCCCAAUUCAAGCAAGUUUUUGAAAUCCCCAGUGGAGAAGGGUUUUUAGAUAUGAUUGAUAAGGAACAAAAAAGCACCCUUAUCAUGGUUCAUAUUUAUGAAGAUGGCGUCCCAGGGACUGAAGCCAUGAAUGGCUGCAUGAUCUGCCUUGCCACAGAGUACCCCGCCGUCAAAUUCUGUCGAGUGAGGAGCUCAGUUAUUGGGGCCAGUAGUCGUUUUACCCGGAAUGCCCUUCCUGCUCUGCUCAUCUACAAGGCGGGUGAAUUGAUUGGCAAUUUUGUUCGAGUCACUGACCAGCUGGGGGAAGAUUUCUUUGCUGUAGACCUUGAAGCUUUCCUGCAGGAAUUUGGAUUGCUCCCAGAAAAGGAAGUCUUGGUGCUGACAUCUGUGCGAAACUCUGCCACCUGUCACAGUGAAGACAGCGAUCUGGAAAUAGAUUGAACUGAUAAUCUAGUUCCGUAGCUAUCUCAUUGUUUGGGCUGGAGGACACAUGUCUGUAUUUAUUUCUGUCCUUCCUGUGUCUUCUGGCUUUACAGCUGUUCUUUGUAGUCUCAUUUAGUAUGUGAAAAGUCAAGAAAUUCUUAGAUUAAAUCA